CGCCGGCUCCUCCCGGGGCGGGCGCUCCGGCCGCGGCCGUGUCAGCCCAGCCACGGCAGCAGCGAGCAUGUCCUCCAGUCGGGCCAAGAAAGUGAAGAUGGCCACCAAGUCCUGCCCCGAGUGCGACCAGCAGGUUCCUGUUGCAUGUAAAUCAUGUCCUUGUGGCUACAUAUUUAUCAGUCGAAAACUCCUGCACGCUAAACGUGCUGAGAGAUCACCACCCAUCACAGAAAACAAGAGUGAGGCCAAAAGGAGGCGGACAGAGAGAGUUAAGCGAGAGAAGAUAAACUCUGCAGUAAAUAAAGACUUAGAAAACCGAAAAAGAUCCAGGUCUAACAGCCAUUCAGAUCAUAGCAGACGAGGAAGAGGAAGACCUAAGAGUGCCUCAGCAAAAAAGCACGAGGAAGAAAGAGAGAAACAAGAAAAAGAAGUUGACAUGUAUGCUAACCUUUCAGAUGAAAAGGCCUUCGUAUUUUCAGUGGCCUUGGCGGAAAUAAACAGAAAAAUUAUCAAUCAAAGACUUAUUCUGUAACUUGUGAGCACAAUCUGAUGCAGUUUUAUGCAGGAUGGCUAGCAGAUUUCCAAGGUGCCAUGGACUCUCGGAAAGUGUGUUGUCUGCACCAACAAGGACCAUAACAUUUCCUGUUAAAUUUCUACUCCUGUUCUUGGAAAUCGAAUUCUGUCUCUACGAGUCAGAAGGAAAGUGGUCACAAGAUUGUGCAGUGAAAAAUCAGAGAGCCUUGAAGAAAAUGCUAGACAAGUACACAGAGAGACUGCACCCAUUCCAGAGCACUUCUUUUGAAUUUGCUGCCAGAAAUGCAAUAUUCUAAAUAUUUUCAGAAAUAAAUGAUUUUCCUUUAAAAUUAUAUAUUUCAGAUUUUUCAGCUAUAUUGCAGUUUAUGUAUGUACAGUUCACAUAACUUUUUAAUA